AUGGAUAUUCGAGACAAUCUUACCUGUUUGUUAAAAACACGAAAACAAAGUCAACUUGAUACAGGGAAGGGGCAAAAAAGUGUUAGAGAUUAUUUUGCUCCAAGGGAUAAUGAGAAUAAACCGAAAAAGUUUGUAUGUAAAACAACCCAAGUUAAUUUGGACGGUUGCAUGUCAGUUGGUGAUUUAAGUGGAGAUGUGUCUACUGAAAACUAUUGGAAAGUGGUGGCUGAAAAGAGAAGAAUUGCUUUAGAUGAAGCAUUGACUGAGAAUGAACAGUUAUGGAAACUUCACAGUACCUUAACUGAAGAAAAUACUCAGAAUAGAAAACUGCUUGAAGAAGCCAAUAGUUUUAUUGAGGUUAUCAAGGAGUUAACACAAGAUACAGAAACACAGGGAGAGUGA